AGCUUCCGCUUCCAGCAGCAUCCAACGCACCCUUCCAUCUUCCUUUCCUGCGAUAAUCGUAAUGGCAGACGUUCGAUCCCUGCUCAAGAAUGAGCGCGCAUCUCGACGAAUCCAGCACAAACAUGCAAGCUACUCGACCACUGGAACGCUGCUCUGUACCGUUUGCCAUCUGCAACUGAAGAGCGAGGCACUGUGGGAAGGUCACCUGCGGUCUGCAGGACAUCUCAUGCGUUUGCAGAAGAUACAGGAACAAGAGAGUGAACCCUCUCCAUCCGCCAAUACCGAACCACCUCCAAUACGCUUGAAAAAGCGGAAGGCAAGCGAUGAGGAGGAGGGCACAGUUCGAAAACGAAGCAAAGCCCCCAAUGGCCUGCCGGAAGGAUUCUUUGAUGGUGGGCGAGAGGAGAAUGAUUCAGCAGCUUUUCCCGCCGAAAUGCAAAUCCCUUCACGACCAGCCACGCCACUGAAGCCCCCAGAAGCCAUGAUGAUUCUUCAACCGGAAGGCCAAGUCGACGAAGAUGAGUGGGCAGCUUUUGAAUCCGACAUUGCAACGGCGGAAGCACAGGUUCAAGCCGCGAACGAUGCUGUGAUUUCAGCUCCUGCAAUGUCAGCAGCGGAGUUGACGAAGAAAUCUGCAGAGGAGGAUUAUGCGCAGAAGAAGGAACGUCAGGAGGCAGAACUGGAGGGGGACAAGGAAGAUGCUGCAAGGAAGAUGGAGGAGGAAUUGGAGGAGAUGGAGAGUUUGGAGGCCCGUGUCAGGAGGUUGCGAGAAAAGCGGGAGGAGCUGAGAAGAAGGGGGAGCAAUGUGAGCUCUGGCAGACAGACGGCUCAAGCCACGGUUGCGGGUACACUGGAGGAGGAAGACGAUGACGAAGAGGACGAUGAGUGGGAUGGUUGGAUGAAAGGUUGAGAUUUAAGAUUAUGGCCACGAUGAUACCCAAUGGCGUAAUUCCUCAAGAUGCAAUACAAAUCUUCAAGCAGGAUCAUUUCCCCCUAACAUCCUUUGGUUGGUAACAAAAACUAUCCCAACUUCUUUUUCCUAUCAUCGCUGGAAUGGCCCUCUGCCCCCUCCUCAAGUACAGUGGAAUAGUCAAGGACCGGCUUCAGAUGGUUUUGACGCUCGCCGAUCGCUGUGUACGU